AGACACUGAAUGCGGUGACGAGGAACGGUGUAUAGCAGGCAUAUGCCGUAAUUGUGUACACCAGAUACUUGUGGAGCAGGCGCUGAGUGUCGUGUCAACGGUCGACAAGCCUCCUGCGUAUGCGUGCCACCACUUCAAGGAGAUCCUAGUGUUGCUUGUACACCAAGAACAUCGGGAGAAAUCUGCUUAUCAGACGACAGCUGUGGAGCUGCAGAGGCAUGUAUGCAGCAGCGCUGUGUACCUGCUUGUGCAGGUGCCUGCGGAUCCGGAGCGCUUUGUGAAGCCAUCAACCAUCGUGCCUUCUGCCGCUGUCCACCUUCUACGGCUGGUGACCCAGCGAUAGCAUGCUACACACCGGAAUGUAGUUCGGAUGAAAACUGUCCCUUUGAUAAGGCUUGCCGUAAUGGAUACUGUCGGGACGCGUGCUCUUAUAACGGUCCUUGUGGACGAGGUGCCAUUUGUGAAGUAGUUGCCCAUGUUGCCUCAUGCCGCUGUCCACCUGGCACUCAGGGUGACCCUCGUCGUGCUUGCGUCUCUGCAGUUUGUCAAUACAAUGAUGAUUGCAAUGAUAACCAAAUAUGUGACCGUCUUAACCGUGUCUGUCAACCGGCCUGUUCCGAUACAAGCUGUGCACCCGGAGCGAUUUGCACUGCUAAGCUUCACCAACCAAUAUGCAGCUGUCCACCAGGAUACAGUGGAGAUCCUUAUUUACGUGGUUGUAUGACCGUACAAUUAACAGAUGAGUGCGUAAAUGAUUCCGACUGUCCUCGACCACUUGGCUGCGUCAACGCAAAAUGUAUAGACCUAUGCCAGUAUAAUCCUUGUGAUACAGGCCUUAUUUGUAAGACAGUAGAUAUAUUACCACUACGCGCUGUCGCUUGUGUUUGUCCGGAAGAAGGUCGCAUUGCUCCUGAUAAAGGUUGUCGACCUCCUCCCGAAGCAGAAUGCUCUGCUGAUCUAGACUGUUCUGGUAUUGAAACUUGCCGUAGAGGAAAAUGUAUAGAAGCCUGCAAAGCUGCACCAUGUGGCCACAACGCUUUGUGCGAAGCUGUUGAUCAUGUAUCACGCUGUAGUUGUCCACCGGGAUAUCUUGGAAAUCCAAGAAUCGAGUGCAAUACAGAAGCGAGACAACCAUCUAUUUUUGAAUGUUACAAAGAUGACGAAUGUGGACCAGAACAAGCUUGCAAUAAGCGUGCUUGUAUCAACCCAUGCUUAAAUUCUUGUGGUCCGGGUGCGUUGUGCCGCGUUAUUAACCACAAACAUCAAUGUUCUUGUCCAAAUGGCCACACAGGGGAUGCAAAUGUAAAAUGUACACCUCCGACAGAAGAUAAUCUGUAUUGCCAGUCGUUGCAAAUCAAAUUCGGACUGCCCAUUAACGCAGGCGUGCAUAAAUAGUGUGUGUGCU